AUGAUGCCCAUGGGUGGAAAUGGAGGCAAAGGGGGUAGUGUGUAUAUUCGAGUGAACUCAAAUAUGGACGCAUUGACCCUCCCCAAAAGCGUGUACAAAGCGGAAGAUGGACAAAAUGGGAAAGGAAAGUGUAUGCACGGCCGAGGAGGGAAUGACAUGUUUAUCGACGUUCCUGUAGGGACGUUAGUGUAUAAAAUAUUCGAAAAUGAAAACUUUUCCGGAAACUCACUCCAGGAGAACGAGGCUCGCGCUUCCUUUGAAGAACAGAUGAUUCAACACAUGGGCUCCCGUUUUUUACAGGUUCGAGAGUCCGAAAAAGCGCAAUCUUCGCAAUCCAAUGAGAACAGUGAGAUGAUAAAGGAACUAUUGUUUGACACGUCCUUUGCAGAGGAUAAGCAGCUUUUCUGUGUCGCCCGAGGGGGCAAGGGAGGAGAGGGCAACCACGAAUGGUAUGAGAAAAUGAAGCGUUCCCAUCUCCACUACUGGGGAAGUAACCGCGAUCGCCGCCUCCAAGCGACUUAUUACAAACAUGAUGAGAAUCACAAUGCAGGAGAGCCCGGAGAGGAGAUUUCCCUCCUAUUGCAAACCCAAAAACUUGCGGAAGUGGGUCUCAUUGGAUAUCCAAACGCAGGAAAAUCCACCUUGAUUAGUAAACUCACGAAAACAGCUCCGAAAAUCGCAGCCUAUCCAUUCACCACGCUUCGACCGCUCGUAGGGUACAUUCAGUAUUCGGAUUCCUCGAUGAUUUCAGUGGCAGACAUUCCAGGAAUCAUUUCAGGAGCUCACAACAACCGGGGAUUGGGUUUUUCCUUUUUGAGACACAUUCAGCGAACGAAGGUGCUGACCUACGUAAUCGAUGUGUCUGACAGCGUGCAUUUGCCGAAUCAAGUCUAUAGGGAGAUCCAGAAGGAGCUUUUGCAUUACGAUGAGUCACUGCUCCGAAAACCUACAAUCAUCGUAGCGAACAAGAUAGACGAGGAAGGAGCCGAGAAGGGGUUGGCAUUAUUGAAAAGUGUUACGAAGUUGCCGAUUAUUCCAAUAAGUGCGAAGGAGGGACGGAAUGUCGGGAAGGUAGCGGAUAUGAUUCGGAGCGCAUGUAUGAUCGCUGUUAAUGAAGGAUAA